GCGGCCUCUGCUCUCGUGUGAUAAAGAAAUUUUUGGAUUCCUGUGGAUUCCGAUUGAUCGUUUAUCGUUAACCGUUAACCGUUAGCCAAUUAAGCACUGUGUGUUUUCCAAUUUUUAACCGGUAUACAAAAAUUCGCUUUGACAACAACAACAACAACAACUACAACAACAAUCGAAAUAACAACAACAAUGCAUAGUUCCUGCUGAGUAGCUUUUUUUGUAUAAUCGAAUGAGUGUCCUUUGGUUUAUUUGUAUGAGAUCCAAAUCCAAGUUAAACCAAGAUGAAAUCCAAUCCAGCAACAACAACUAAACACUGCCGCCUACAAGCAAUAGUUAACAACAACAACAACAGCACAAAGGAAUAGAAACCCCCGAAGACAGAAAGAAAGUGCUAAAAAGACGAUGGAGUGUGGCCAACCCUUGUAGCUAGCUUCAAUUUCCCAUAGGAAAAAGAAAAACCCAAAAGAACAACCAACAACAACAGCCCACAUUAUUAAACUAUAGCAAGAACUUAUAGUUAUCGCUUACAAGAACAGCAAUCUGCAACAACAAUCGUCAAGAACAAUCUCAAAAAACACCCAACUAACAACAACUGCCAAGUAUAACAAUCUUCAACAACAAUUGACAACGAUAUUCAACAACAACCGAAGCAACCAAAACUUACAACAUAAAUACAAAAUAAAUGUUUUUAUACAACCUUCUCCCAAAAAACCUUUAACAACAUUUAAAAUAUAAACUUAUAAUUACAACAAAAACUAUUGAAAACUAACAACUUCAACAACGAAAAGGUUAACAAACUAGCUGUUUAUACGAAUACUUAAAACUUCCCAGCAAUUGCUAAUACGUAAAAAGCAUUCCAAAAACAAACAAAAACUUAAAAAAACGAUGUGCUUACCAUCAUCAACAUUAAAUCAAUAGGCUUAGUUCAUAUUAAUGGCAAACAACUAACGGAAACUCGCACUAAAAUUUAAACUGGCAUAACAUUUUAAUAACAAGUAAGAUGGCUUGAAUUGUUGUGGGCUACGCACAACGGCAGUAUCUUAGAACUACGGCUUCCAUAAAUUUAAUUAAAUAAAGCUAACGACAGUGUUAAUAUAUGUCGAAUAACAAAAAAUACCUACAAAAUACGCUAAUAAUUUCACAUAAAAUCGCAUAUUUGUUUAGCAACAAUUCACGAAACGCACAAUUACAUUUAUUAACAAUUUAUUUUGGGCCCAUUUAAAGUAUUAACAAACAAAUAAGUAGUUUUACCCACAAAGCCAAUUAUAAAAAAUUUAUUGAGAAAAUAAUAAUUCAACAACAACUAUUACAUUUUGGUAUACCAAAAUUAUACUAACGAAAUGUUUGAAAAGUUAACAAAGAUAUUCAACAAUCAUUUUUAACAACUCACCACUUAUUCAACAACGAACCACCAUUAAAAAUCUAGCAGAUUCUUCAAGAUGGAGUGUCAUUAAUUUAGAGAGAUCACCUAUAAUAAUUAAAUAGUAAACUAUUUGUUGGGGUAUAGCGAACAGAGUAAUGGAAACGAUAUUAAGCUAACAAAGAUAUUUCACCAAUCAUAUUCAACAACAAGACCACAUAGCAAUUGUAAAAGAAAUCCAGCGGAUUCUUCAAGAUGGAACGCAUGUGGCGAAAAGUGAAUCACAGUUUGCGCAACAACACAAAAUCGCAGCCACAGCAGCAGCCAGGUGGCGAGACAAUGGUCGGUGGUGGUGCCACCAUAGGGACCACUGCAGCCACACCCCAAUCCAUGGAUACGAUUAGUUCGGCGGGUGGCUUUGGCGAUGGUCAGCUGGUGGUCGCCGUUCAGGGAUUGGCCACCGGCGGUGGAGGAUCAGGGAUUGGCGCCACCGGCGGCAGCAAUGCAACGGGCAGACGCCUGGCCAGCAGUGGCGGUGGCGUGGGAGGCGGUUGCAACAAGUCCCUCAGCCAGCACGUCCUGCAAACGCGUACCGCAUCCUCGGAGCGCCGCAGACGACGCAGGCGGAAGAGUCGACCGCGACGCGGCGGCGGAAUGGGAGCGGUCACCAGUUGCGUCGGUGAUCCCAGCGGCGAUAAUAUGUCUUCCUCGGGCGGCUUUUACACCCUGAAAGAGCACCAGCACUAUCGCCCCAGUCACCAUCAUGGCGGGGGCGUUUCCGGAGGAGGAGGUGGCUCAUCGCGGCGUCUGUUCGCCACUUCGGCGCCCAGCGGCACGGUGAUGAUGUAUCCGAAUCCCCAGCGAGCCACGGCACUGGGACCAUCUGGAGGAUCUGGUGCCGGACAGGCAUCCACUUCGGCUGGAGGAGGAGGAGGUGGAGGAGGAGGUGGUGGAGCUGGUGGAGGAGCAGCUGGAUCUGGAUCUGGAGGACAGCCGGACAUCUCGCUGCGACAGCGGGCGGUGGCCAAGUUGCGCAUGUUCAACUUCCAUCUCAACUGGGAUCUGCACAUGACGCACUGCAAGCCCUGCGGUCCUCGUUUGAGCGGCAGUGGUGGCAACAUAAUCACCCGCCGCCUUUGCCGCAAUCGUCGGCGGGAGGACAACGAACUGUACCGCUCUAAUAGCUUCAAGUUUGAGCGUUUCGAGCGGAAGGAGUGCCUGGAGGAGCUUUCCAACACUUUGCAGAAGCAGAUUGCCAUCUGUGAUGAUUACAGCCUGCCCGUAGACUUUGUUAAAAAACGACCGUCCAGCUUCGAUCCGUGCCUGGCGGAGGCGAUACCAGCGAAUCCCGAGCACUGGAUAGCCCCCAGUCCGCAGACAGAGUUUCUGCCAUUUGGUGAAGCCCAACAAGCGUUGCAGCUACCAGCAGCAGCAGCAGCAGCAGCAACAACAUCCGCAGCAGCAACAGCAGCAGCAGCAGCACCUCAACUACCGCCCCCGCUGCCCGCCCCCGUGGCAACAUUGCCCAGUCAGGCGGCAACGGCAGCAGCAGCAGCAGCAGCAACAGCUGCCAUUUUGGCCACCCACCAGCAGCAGCAGCAACAUCAGCACUUGAGCGGCAACAUUAACAACAACAACGGCGGCAACACACACAGCCAAUCGAGUACGCACAACAACAACAACAAUACAUUGCCAGUCGGGGCACAGCAGCAACAUCAGCAGCCGCAACAGCAACGUGCAACAUUGCAACAUCCGCCGUUGCCCAACAGCAACAUCAAGCAGGCAUCGGUGAAAUUGAUCGAAGGCUAUUCAGAUCCAAAGGAUACGCGCAAUCACAAGAAGGUUUACCACAAAAAGGCCAAGAAGCGAUCGGCCCCAGGCCACAAGCGCCACCAGCAGCAGCAGCAGCAGCAGCAACAGUUGCCAUUGCAGCAGCAACAGACAUUGCCAACGCCCCGAAGUGCCCAGCAACAGCAGCAGCAGCAGCAAUUGCAACAGCGACAUUCCACCUACAACAACAACAACGGCAACUUAAGAAAGGAUAAGCAGAAAAGCCAAUAUAAUUCAGACUCCUCAGCGCCAAAAUCCUCCGACGACGAGGCGGACAUCGACGAGGAGGUUGAGCAGCAGCCUCUGCCCGUGCCGCAAGCUUCUGCCCAGACUGCCCCAUUAACGGCGGCGGGUCUCAACUCCCCGGACUCCAUAUCCGAUGACCUGGUGCGUCCGCUACCACCGCAACUUCAGCGCAGUCCGCGCAAACUGACCGUCGCUCCGGCGGAGCACAAUAAGCGCCAGCCCUCGCCCUACUACUACUCCGAUCUCCUCAAGAGUCGCGACAAGGACAAGGACAAGGAUAAGGACAAGGACAAGGACAAGGAGCGGGACAAGGACAGGGAGGACUUUAAGCUCAAGUGCCGCCAGUCAACGGCCAGUGAACCGCCGCAGUCCACUCAAAGUCAAUUGGGUGGCUAUCGCAAGAGCUCCAGCUUGGAUGUGCCGCCGGCGGCGGAGGAGCAGCCGGAAGCGGAGAGCCACGAGGAGGAGGAUCCCAGGACGGGACAGGACUCGCAGUCCACCCCGAAGCGGUACAGUUUCACCGAGGAGGGUGUCCACAUCAUACGCUGCGAGACACCCAGCACCAGCACAUCCGAGGAGUCCGAUUGCAGUGAGUGCCUCAAGCGACGCGAGUGGCACGCCCGGGCCUUGGCCCUAGUCCGCAAGACCUGCAACGUCCAGCCAAGGAGCCAGACUCAAAUCCCGAUUCAGAAUCAGAGCCAGGGACAGAAUCCCACUGGCAGCGAGCUUCAGCUGCAGCUGCAGCACUGCGACGCCGGCGAGGGCGAGCUGCUCAAGUGCUGUCCACCGCCACCGGCUCCAGCGGAGAUCCAGGUUCAGGUCCAGCCGAUGCCACCGCACCGCCUGCUGGGACCAGCAGCCGUGUGCGGAGCCUGCAUCACAUCCGCUCCUGCCUCCUCCUCCUUGGCCGGCGGACGGGGCAGCGAGCCCGGCGAUGAUCUGGAGGAGGAGUACUUCCGGCCGCGCAGCAUCUUCUAUGUGCAUCCGCAUGGCGUCCACGAGUGCGCCGAGUGCGCCCAGCCAGCUCAGCCAUCGACUGCGACUGCGAAUGCGAUUGCCCAACCGUCGACGCUGAGCAAUCCAUCGCUCGAUCUCUACGGCGACGACGAAGACGAAGUGGACGGCGACGAGGACGAGGACGAAGAGGACGACUCCGAGGACAUCAUGGGCAGCCGGCGGCGGCAGAUCUACGAGACGGCCUUCGACUGCAAGAUAGCCAAGUCGGAUGACGACCUGGACGAGGUGGAUCGCAUCACCAACUGCUCGGUGCUGCUGCAGUUGAGCAAUGGCAAUGGCGGUGCCGGCACUGUUGACAUGGGCAAGGUCAUCACCGGCUCCUCCUCGAAGACGCGGGCGGAAUGCAAGCGGGCCAAGAACUCGAAGAAUCAGGCACUGCAAGAGCAAACGGGCGAGGCCCAUGUCCAGGUGCAUCAGGUGCAGGCGGAGCUGGGCAAGCUGCAGCUCAGCCAGGUGGACCAGCAGAAUCAGAAUCAGAACCAGGCAUCCGCCGCCGCGGCCACCGCCGGCAGUGGAGUAAGUGCGUCCAGCACCCAACAGCUACCGGUGCGCGGCUAUACACCAUCGCCACCAUCGACGGCGCCGCUGCCGAUGAAAUUCCCGGGGAAACAUGAGCGCUACCUGAACAUGAACAGCAUACGGAGUGCACCCAAUCUGCCCGCCGCCAAUCCGGCGCAUCCCCGUCUGCGGGAUCUCCGCCUGCCCAUUCAGUCCAUGCGGCAUCAGUGCGGCGGCAGCAGCAAUGACAACAGUCUCACCGACAGCGCCUACGUGAAUCCGCCCUCGACCAACUCGAAUUCGAAUGCGGCCUCGGGUUCCGCCUCGGCAUCCGUUUCCGCAACGGGAUCCGCAGCAGCCCGCCGGCCACGAUCCUUUGUCCUGGAAUCGGGCAGGGUCCUGGAACUACGCCGCAGUGCCCAGGGUCAUCAUCAGGGUGGUCAGUCGAGCCAUCAUCACCACCAUCAUCAUCAUCAUGGCGGACCAGGCAGCCGGAGCAGGAAUCGCCAGGGGCAGGGACAAACGUCUGGUGGCAGCGGCGGAGGAGGAGGAGGAGGAGGAGCUGGAGGUCACAACUACAGCAGCACGGAGAGCAUCGCCACCUCGAGCAGUGGCGGCAGCAUGGAAUCCCUGCGUUCCAGCACCAGUGAGGGCAAUCGCAGCACCUCCAGCUCCGAGUCGCGGCACUCCAGUUCGCUGAGCUCGCACAGUUCGGAAAGCGGAAGUGGUGGCAGUGGUGGCUCCAGUGUGGCCUACCCCCUGCGGCCGGCUCCUCUGCUGCUGCACUCCAAGCUGCACAUCCUCAGUCCCAUCUCCGACAAAUCCUCGCAGGAACCGGCCUCCGCGAGUGCCUCGGAGCAAUCACAGCAGCCGUCCCAGGCGCCGAUGGCGGCGCAAGAGGAGGAUUCCACUGGCGCCCCAGCAGGGAGCGUUCCGGUGAAUGCCUCCCUAAAGCAACCGCGCAGUCGUGGUGCUGCGCCCAAUAAGGCCCUGCUCCAGCUGGCCGAUGAACUCCUCGGUUCGGAUAGUGGGAUAUCGCUGCAUUCCCGGGAGGAGGGCAAACCCCAGGCCUUGGCCCUGCAGCGUCUAACGCUGCCCAAGCUUCAGUUGAUCGGAGCCGAGGGCUCGAGCUCGGGGGCAGGAAACUCAGCUGCGGGUGGCAGUACGGCCGGAGGAUCGGUCUCGGUCUCGGGAUCGGGCUCGGGAUCAGGGGUAGCCGGUUCAGGAUCAGCUGGCAUUCCGCAGGAUCUGCGCGAUCUGCCCUUCGAUAUGCCUAAAUUGAGGCGCCGCAAGACGCUGCAACAGGAGGCCGCCUGCACCUCGGGCAGUGCCACCUCUGUGGAUCUCGGCGAGCUGCCCUUCGACAUGCCCAAGCUGCGGCGACGCCUCCGGGCCAACCAGGCGGAGAUCAACAACCUGCUGAUGCACAGCACCGAGUCCAGCGGCAUCUCGCAGGCCUCCUCCAGCCACUCGAUGCGCGACGAUCAGAAGUUGGCCAGCAAGUUGGAUACAGCACUUUUCCGGCAGAACCUCACCCUGAACUUGAACGAGUCGCGACAGGCCACCAAGCAGUUUGGCAGCCUGGAUCUGAGGGGUCUCAAUAGCAACAAGGAGCUGAACAUGAACCUCAGCCAGGGAUAUGUCACCGCUGUGGAUCUCAUCGAUGUCACCAUUCCGCUGGAACGGCAGGGUUGGUACCAUGGCGCCAUCACGCGAGUUGAGGCGGAGACCACGCUGCGUCCGCUGUCCGAGGGAUCCUUCCUGGUGCGCAACUGCGAGUCGACCAAGCAGGACUACUCGCUGUCCCUCAAGGGCGCCAAGGGCUUCAUGCAUAUGCGGAUACAGCGCAACGAGACCGGCCAGUACAUCCUGGGCCAGUUCAGCCGUCCCUUCGAAACGGUUCCCGAGAUGAUCCGUCACUUUUGCCUCAACCGGCUGCCAGUUCGAGGAGCCGAGCACAUGUGUCUCAUCGAGCCGGUCAUCGCCCAGCUGCUCUAGGGAGGAUUCAAGAACUCCAAGGAGAGGGAUAACCUCUAGGAAGGAUCCAGGAGAGACUCCAAGGAGCGGGAUAACCAGGAUGGGGAACCAAACAGAAUUACAUAUUAAUAGCCUGUAGAGGACUUAGGAACCUAUGUGAACAUGUGUAUGCACUAGUUAUAUAUGCGAUAGUUGGUAAAAGGAAGAUGGCAAUUUUUUCAUGUUUUUUUUUGGUGGCCUCGAAUUUUUGUAUGUCGGUCUACUAGCAAACGAGCAAAAAAAAAAAUACACCCACUCACACUGACACACGAACUAGUUUAGCGUUUAAAGUACGUAGCACAUUCAGACAAUACCAGCAAAUUACAAAACCAAAAAAAAAAAACAAAAUACCAAACAAACGAUAUUUAUAUAGAAGGCAUAUAUACAAGCAA